AUGCACUACGAAUUCGACGGCUACUCCGAGGCCAGCAACUCGCCGGGCCGGGCCGCCGCCCCGCGUGCGCAAGGCGGUGGACAGAACCGGGACCAGCGGCAAGAUCACAACAACAGCGACCGCGGCCGCGAGGAGGACAACCAGUACCCCAACGGCUUCUACCGCGGAACGGGCCGCUUUGCGCGCGAGAACUUUGAGAGCGAGCGGCGCGAGCGUGAACGCGAGCGCGGCCAGCAGCAGCAGCAGCGGACGUUUGGCGCGUCGCCGUAUCGGUCUGCUGCGUUUGAGUACAUGGACACGGGAGGCAGGGGGAGGAGCGAGGAGGAGUGGGGGCGGGUGUUUAUGGAGGCUUUUCGGAGGAGAGCCGGCGCAGAUGGAGGAGGUGGUGGUAGUGGUGGUGGCGGCGGCAGGAUGGGCAUGGACGAGAGGGAGGGGUACGCAGGAGGAGGAGGAGCAGGAGGGUAUGAGCCGCGCGGAUACGGAGCGGAGCGGGAGAUGGGAUUUGAGGAGUUUCUAAGCGGGGUCUUUGGCGGCGGGGGUUUCGGCGGGCGCUUUGGCCCGGAGGCCGGGGGCUACGGUUACGGCUCCGGUGGUGGUGGUGUGGGGGUCAGCUUUGAGGAGAUGUUCGGGCCGCCGCCUGGCUUCGGCGAGGGCUCCUCCCCCGGUGCCGGUGGGGGUUACGGUGGAGGACGAGGUCCGGGGUACAACAGGGGAGCCGAUGAGCAGAACGAGCACGACCGGCGGGGAGGCGCGGGGAUGACGCGGGACGAGUUCGAUAACAUGUUCCGGGCGCGGUUCGAGGGCCCGAGCAUCAACGGGUACGCGUCCGGCCCGCCGCCUGCUGAUUUGUUUGAUCGGUGGUAUACGGAUUGGUAG